AUGGCCUUUGCAAAUUCCAAGCAGUAUGCGACUGAUGCCGAUGAGGAGAUCAUACCAACGACAACCAUGAUCAAGAACCUUCCCAUCCACUGGAACACUGGUCAUCUGCUACACCUCAUGAGCCAAAUGAAGCUCCCACCACCAAGGGCUUUGAACUAUCUCUACGACGAAUUCGAUGACUUUCGUGGCAUGGCAUUUGCCACCUUUGCCACGUCGGAGGAGGCGCGGCAAGUGGUCCUGGAGCUCAAUUACCAUCAAGUGUUCGGACGAAAGCUGAAUGUACAGUACAAGAGGAAACACCCUUGGGUCAUAGCAAGAGAGGACUUCUCUUGGCGGAAACCUUUGCAGCCAACCCAUAGUUCACACACAAAUGAUCGAUACAAGUCGUACCUGCACCCCCAAGAGAAGGGUUGUCCAGUGCCAAGGCCCACAAGACAGCAGACGCCACCUUCGGAAUCCUACAAUUUGCUCAUGGCCUACCAAACAGACCCUGUCGAGAAGGAGAAACUCAAAAGAAUCCUUGUGCAAACAGGGGACUACCAAGAAGCUAUCAAUAAGUUCGCGAAAAACAGAGCGCUGGAGUCGCAAGAAGUGGAACAUCCAUGGAGUAUGCAGAAUCGGCCGAUAUUGGAGAUGAGGCCGGCGACAUUAGGGGACCUGCAGCAGAUAGCUGCCAUGGAGAGUCGAUUUGGACUUGGUGGCGAAGCCUCUUUGAGUGGGUUGCUCUUCACCAACCACGAAGGGGACCGGGAUGCCACGGAUACGACGAAGGAAGGCUACUAA